AAAACCUUCGACAUCCUGCAAUUGUUUCAGUUCAAAAAUUGAAAUGAUUCGAACAAUACUGCUGGGGAUAGCGCUGGCCAUCCAACUGUACUGCGUAGCUGGUUCGAGAUUUGUGAAAACUGGUGAUGGCGAAGUGUUCUAUAUUGAACCCGCAAAUAAGUUCACUUGGUACCAGGCUUUGAGUGAUUGCGUACGCCUGAAUAUGGCUCUGGUGGCCGUUGAUUCAGAGGGUAAACGUCAAAGGCUGGCCAAUCUGAUAUCUCCAGAAGAUGGAGCCUCUCAUCUAUGGACAGGUGGUCAUGACAACACAAAUAGUCGGAAAUUUGAAUGGAUAUCGAAUAGUCAAUUAUUUGACUACACCAAUUGGUUUAAAGGAGAACCGAACGAUAAAAAAGAACGUUGUGUGGAAAUGAUAUAUCCCAAUCUGAACUGGAAUGAUGCACCUUGUGAUGUACAACGUGGCUAUGUCUGUGAAGAGAUACCUGCGGUGGCAGAGAAAAGAAGAGAAAUAAUACUCUUGAAAGAAGUCUAUGAAAAUCGAAUGGACCGAAGCGCUAUAGAAGUUGAAGAGUAUAUGUCUAAACACAUCAAGGAUAUCAAAGAGGAUAUAAAUCAUUGGGGUAAAAACCUUGAUGAAAAAUUAUCUCAGCUAUUAGAUGCUGGUGGGUGGUCGAGAAAUUAUCCAUCUUAUGGAAAUACUGGGCAACCUUGGUGGGAGACCACUACCAAUUCGGCCGAAACAGUUGAGAUGGAAUCGACCACCACUGAAUUGCCACCCAGAUAUGAUGGCUAUCGUUGGUAUUCAUCACAUUCGUUUUUCCAAGGCCCUGCAGAUGUAACAGCUGAAACAUCGUAUAUAGAUGAAACCACCGAAACGAUAACGGAUGAGUCGCCCAGAUAUGAUGGUUAUCGUUGGCCUCCACCACUUUCGUUUUACCAAGCCCCCGAAGAUGAAACGACUGACACAUCGCAUAUAGAUGAAACCACCGAAGCGAUAACGGAUGAGUCGCCCACAAUGCAGCCAUUUAUCAGAUUUCGUGGAUCCCAUUGGCCUUAUCGCUCUUACCAUACGAAUGCAGCCGAUACCCCCAAAAUAUCAAAUAUAAACGAAUACCCAUCAAUGGCCAACACGCAAUUGUCAUCCUCCAAUAAUGAAUAUCAAAAGUCCUACUUUCAGAUGUAUCGAAAUUCUCUCCAUACGCCCGAGACCAGAAUGCCACCAGCUACAAAUUCUCUCACGCUAGCGAAUGUUAAACAAUUGACCGAUUCAUUGAAGGAAACGAAUGAAAAGCUAAACAUUUUGCUUCAUAAACUUGGGGAAAAUCAAAAUAUUCAAAAGCCUUCUAAAAUUUUUUAUAAUUUCUACUAAGGGCAGUAUGAGCGGGAUGAUGCAUCACGCAAUUUUAUAUCAAAUCGUAAAAUACAGUUUUUAUUUUUAACAUUUUAUUCCUUUGUACCACUCAAAACUAUUAAAAAAAUACUCAAAAAUUUAAAUGAAUAAAAAAUUAAAAAAAAAACAUUUUUGAUAGACCCUGUUAUUACAGGGUGAGAUAAAAAAACUGCAACAAAGUCAAA